UUUGUGAUUGCUCCUAUGAUCUUUUAUUGUUUUGAACGCCUUUUAAGGAUAUACAGAUCUUUCCAGAAGGUGACAAUUUUGAAGGUAAUAAAACAUCCUUCAAAAGUACUUGAGAUUCAAAUGAAGAAAGAAGGCUUUAGAUGUGAAGCAGGACAGUACAUUUUCCUGAAGUGCCCCAAGAUCUCACAUCUGGAGUGGCACCCUUUCACACUGACAUCAGUAAGUCUUUUAAAUAUCAAGCAAUUGCUCAAAUUUAUGUUUNGGGAGCCUGUUUACUUGACUAGUUACUGA